AUGCCCACACCCAAUAUCUCUGCCCCUCUGCCCGUUUUCUGGCUCAGUCCCUCUGCCGGCGGUGUGCUGAGUGUGGACGACACUGCGAUGCCUGUCGAAUUCCCAGCCCGGGUUGUGGUUGCCCUGGCCUAUGGGCUUGUAGGGCCCAUUGGUUUUAUGGGAAACUUGGCCGUGCUGUGGGUGCCGGGUAACUGUGCUCGGCGAGCCCCUUGCCCACCGUCUGACACUUUGGUCUUCAACCUGGCUCUGGCAGACCUGGGGCUGGCACUCACUCCCCCCUUCUGGGCAGCUGCGUGGGCACCGGACCUCCACUGGCCCUUUGGAGGUGGCCGCUGCAAGGUGGUCCUGACGGCCACUGUCUUCAACGUCUACGCCAGCGUCCUCCUCGUCACGGCGCCGAGUGCUCCCCGAUACUGGGUGGUGGCCGUGGCUGCAGGACCCGGCACCCUUCCCCUCUUCUGGGCCCGCAUGGCCACGCUGGCAGUGUGGGUGACAGCUGCCCUGCUGACAGUGCCCACGGCAGUCUUUGGGGCAGAGGGGGAGGUGUGGGGCGUGCGUCUAUGCCUGUUGCGUUUCCCCAGCAGGUACUGGCUGGGGAGCUACCAGCUGCAGAGGGUGGUGCUGGCCUUCCUGGUGCCCCUGGGCAUCACCACCACGCUCCUGCUGCUGCUGGCCUUCCAGCGGCGGCGGCAGGAUUGCAGGGUCGUAGCCCGCUCCGGCUGCAUCCUGGUGGCCUCCUUCUUCCUCUGCUGGUUCCCCAACCACAUGAUCACUCUCUGGAGUGUCCUCUGUCCUCGUGAAGUUUGACCUGGUACCUGGGACAGCACUCUCCACACCCUCCAUCCCUACGUCUCCCCUGUCACCAUCUGCUUGGCACACGGCAACAGCUGCCUCAAGCCGGUGCUGUACUGUCUCCUGCGGCGGGGGUCCCGCAGCCUGGCAGGCCCCUUCAGGGAUCUCCGAGCACGGCUGUGGCCCCAGAACCGGGGUGAAGCAGGUGGCCGUAAAGGAGGUAGGCAGGCGGUGCGUGGAGAGCACCCCCAGGAGAGUGGCCCUUCUACCAAGCUCACCGACUUGGACAAAGGAACACCUGGGUGA